AGUUAGGGAAGGUUGCCAGGGGGAGCCCAGGCAAAGCCAAACCGGAGCUCCACCAAAGCAAGGAGCAGAAAUGAAAGUUUUGAAAUAGCAUCCAAAGAAUCGCAAAGGACCGGACCGAAGAGAGCUCUCCGCGUCGCACCAGCCCUCGAUGGUGCAUUCGAGGGGCUGCGUCAGGGAUGUGAACGUCCCCGGCCGGCUGCAUGGAGAGGGGUAAAGACAGAGAAAAUCCUUGUUAUUUAUUUAUUUAUUGGAAGCAAUGUACGGGUGACUCCCAGAAGGCAUCUGAGCCCUGAAAAGAAAAAAACCAAACAAACCACUUCUGGACCCAAACGAGAACAAGAAGAAUGAGACAGCAGCCUUGACCCCUACACUGAGAGGAAGAUAUUUUACUGACAGCCAUGCAGCAUAAAGGCAUCAUGCUGAUUGUGUUCUUGGAAUAUUUUUUUUCUGGCCAUGGGGAAGCAGAUCCCAGGAGGCUACAAGCCUUCCGCUGUAACGGCCGUUCUUGCAACCCUCCAGUGGGAAACCUUGCAACAGGGAGGACACCAGUCACUCUCACCACAUGUGGCCAGAACAGUACAGAACUGUACUGCUUCUACCCAGACCAGAAUCUCCUCCGUCAGGUCUCCCAAGGCUGUGGGCAGCCUCGCUGCACCAAAUGCAAUGCCAACCAGCCUGAUAACUCCCAUCUCCCUGCUGACAUGACAGACGAUUUCUUUGCAAACCCCGUCUCCUGGUGGCAGUCUGCCCAGGGGGUACACAGGGAAGAAAUCAGACUGGACUUUGAAACGGAGUUCUACCUGACCCAUGUCAUUGCUGUGUUCAAGUCCCCUCGCCCAGCUGCGAUGGUGUUGGAAAGAUCCCAGGACUAUGGGCAGACUUGGAGGCCCUACAAGUAUUUCUCUAUCAACUGUACAGCAACUUUUGGGCUCCAGGAUGAUCUCAUUGAGGAGGGCUCCAUGUGCACUUCCAGGUAUUCAGAUGCAGUGCCCUGCACCAGAGGAGAGGUGAUUUAUCGUGCCUUAAAUCCGGCUAACAAGAUCGAAGACCCCUAUAGUCCUGAGGCUCAAGAUCUCCUGAAACUCACCAACCUCCGCCUCCUUUUGUUAAAAAGACAGGAAUGUCCAUGCCACGGUUCAGGAUUGGUAGAGAAACCCCAGAGAUUUGCCCACUAUGCUAUUUAUGACCUGAUCAUCCGGGGAAGCUGCUUUUGCAAUGGGCAUGCAGAGGAAUGUGAGCUUGCCAACAGGACGGGAGUCAUGGAGAACGUGGUCCAUGGAAAAUGUGUGUGUAGACACAACACAGCAGGAGACCACUGUGAGAAAUGUGCACCACUAUACAAUGAUCAGCCUUGGAAGCCAGGAGAUGGAAAAACAGGGGCUCCAAAUGAAUGCAGAAAGUGUCGCUGUCACAACCAUGCUGACAGCUGCCACUUUGAUCUGAGUGUUUGGCUGGCAUCAGGAAAACGCAGUGGUGGAGUCUGCGACAACUGCAAGCAUAACACAGAGGGGCAUCGGUGUCAAAGGUGCAAACCAGGGUAUUACCGAGAUAGAGGGAAACCCAUGUCUUCUACAGAGGUCUGCAAACCUUGCGCCUGCCAGCCAAUGGGUUCAGCCAACGCAACUUUCAGCAGAAGCUGGCGAUGCCACCCCAAGACGGGAUUCUGCUACUGCAAGCCGGGUGUGGCGGGCCCCAACUGCGAUAGAUGUCUCAUGGGCUACUGGGGCUUUGGAGAAAAUGGCUGUCGCCCUUGUGACUGUGCCAGAGACUGCGACCAGCAUACUGGAAACUGUUUCAAUGGCUAUGACAAUGAGCCAUUCUUUAACAUUCCCAUUGGGGGACGAAUCCCUGACCUUGUGCAAAUGCCAACCAACGAGAGCGAAGAGGAAUGGAAAUGGAACGAUCAUGAGCAGGGAUUUUCUGCACUGAGGCACCCAGAAAAGUGUGUGUGCAAAGAAAAGGUGCUUGGAAGUGUCACUGACUUCUGCCAAAUGAAAUACGCUUACGUGAUAAAAGCAAGAAUCCUAUCAGCUCAUGACAAAGGGACCCACGCAGAAGUUGUUGUGAAAGUGAAGAAGGUCCUGAAAUCAGGAAAAGUGAAAAUUGCUCGGAGCAACCGAAGCAUUUACCCAGAAUCCUGGACCAACAGGGGAUGUACAUGUCCCAUUCUCAAUCCUGGUACUGACUACCUUAUAGCAGGCCAGGAGGACUCUAGGACCAGCAAACUCCUUGUGAACAUGAACAGCCUUGUGAAACCCUGGAAAGCAUAUUUGGGAAAACAAGUAUCAGAUAUUCUUCGAACUGGGUGCAAAUAAUUUAUGCUUCAGAAGUUACAGUGCUGAACCUUGCCUUUUAGUAACACUGCAGCGAAAGGUGUAGUUAUUUCACGCGUUCCCAUUCAACAAGCUCCUAGCUGAAGCAAUGAAAGCAGAGAUACCAUCCUUUCUCCUUUCACGUGCUUAGACAGGAAACUUGGGACAUGACUACUUUUUUCACAAAGUGCACAGCCUUAUUAUACAAAAUUAACUAGUGCAUCAUACAUAGGUUGCAAGUCAACUCUUCAUUUGAGCCUGAUUCCACACAGCCAGAGAAUCAUUUUACGAGGCAAAAAGAUAUGGAUUAGUGUUUCCAUACUUAGGUCAGAGCCUGAUAUUAAUAUGUAUAAGCUGCUUACAUUCAUUACUUGGGUGUAGUUUUCUUUAUAAGUGACCACUAACAGGCAGCAAUUUCUUUCAGCUUUACAAGUGGCAUAAUACUAAAGCAGCAUGUCAAAUAAUACUUAUUUAAAAGAGCUCAGGCUGAUUUAACAUCAGACUGCAAUUAUGCCAAUAUAACGGGUUGCUUUCUAGAAGGAAAUAUUAUCCCAUUGCUGAACAGAAACAAACUAACAUGUGACUUGUCCUGGGACAAGGUCCUUUAUAGAUGUACCUUGCUAUCAUCAGUGCUUAGUGCCGAGGUCUGCUGCAGAAAGCACCUUGGCUAAAACUUGAUUCCAUUUGCUCUUUGCUGGUCAUUUUGCUCUUUGCUGUAGUACUUUAGUCUGCAACACCACACAGGUUUCACAGCGAUUACCAAUAAAAAGCCUUAUGCUAGGAAAGAACCAAAACACGUGAGAAACUAGUAACUGCUAACGUUGAGAUUGUAACACUACAAAAGCUAUAAGGCAGAAGCAGGAGGUAAAUUAAUUGGCUGGACUGUGUAUGAGGCAGCUAUAAUUACUGUGAGAGCAACCUGGCUAUUCAAACUGUGCUCAAGACCACUGGCAUUUGAUUGCACUUAGCACUUUCAUUCUGCUUUAUUUCUCUCGGUCAUACUUCAGGUUAAGUUACUGAAGCCAGGCUUCUUUCCCGUUGUGAUGGGGAUUAUCUUUCCCUCCACAGAAGGACAGGAGUGGUAACAUCUGCACUCCAGGUAACAGUUCUGUUCUGCAAAACCAUUUUUUCUAAAUCAAUUUUACCCUACCUUAUAGUAAUUAAGGGGUAGCUACUUAAAUCAUUCCCUAACACAGUAUUUUGAGUAAAUUGUAGUUUAAGACCCAUGUCCCCCGUUUAAGGACUCACGAUCGAAUGAAGCUGGCUGGAGCACAUUCUCUCAUCAAGUAAAGCAGAAAUUAUAAUGAGUCAGUCUAUUCUUUCAGGGGGUUACAGAGAAAAGCAUGCACACAUGCUACUAUUGCAUAUUUCUAUUCCAUGUCUAUAAUUUUUUUAAUGCUCUCAGGAAAAGGAGGUAUCUUCAUUUAGCACUGUCUGACUGGCACAUGGAGUAUCUAGAAAAACCUAAUACUAAUGCAGAAGGAUGGAAGUCCCAGUCUACAACUUAGGCCAUCAGUUUGUUCUCUUUAUCACUGGGAACCCGAAAAAACAGCUUCUUUCAUUCCAUUUGUUGCUGUGCUCCUUUUAGCUUCAUGUUGGUUCAACAACAGAAAAAUCCUGAGCUCAUUUGGAAAUGGAUGACAGGCAGAUAUUUACAAAAUAAAAGCCCCACUUUUCUCCCAACAGCACAUAAACAGUGUUUCUUCCUCCCCCCUUUUCAGAAAGUCUCCCCUCCUCCAAUGCCAUUGCUUUCCGCUCUUUCACUUCAUUAUUUAUUUGUUGUUACCUAAAGCGGUAUCCAACUACGUGGCAUCUCCAACAAGCCAUUUAAUUAAUGCAAUAAAACACUUUUUAACCAAGGAAUUUGGCUUAAUUUGAAAUGUCAGCUUACAAAAAUGAAGAGCAUAGCAACUGCUUUCUUUACUGUCUCCAGAAAUUGUCUCACAAUGAAAAGAUUGACUAGUUCUCUUUCAAAUAUCAAUAAAAAUAAAGAUGUGUACAUGAAUUUACAGUCUGUUCUCAAAGGGCCUCUCAGAAUAAAUGAAAAUUAAGUGUAGGUUUAGAACUAAGCUAAAGAACAUGCUUUUCAACACAAGCCAUUUUACCUGCAGGGGACCUUAUUUAAUGAUGAUGAUAUUCCACUUUGGUUUAUAGUCAGUACCAUAUUAAGGCAAACUCCCAUAUUCCACUUUUUAUGCCAGACUGGUGAUUUUGUGGGAAGGGUAAAACAUCUGGGUAGUUCCCUUCUGUGGAUGCAAGUUAUUUUUUUAACAUGGUCAUUUACAAGCACUUCUAGCUACUGCCAGUAGCAAUACUAUUUGGAACAAGAAUAUUGAUACCCUGGUAUGUUCUCUCAGGGCCUGUUAUAAUACACUGAUUAACGACUACGAAAUGCAAACACUGAUAUAUGCAAACAAGACAGUCAUCAAUAUGUCACAUAUUUCAGAUAUCUCAAAAGUAGGUGAUACAUACACAAACACUUUAGAGAAAAGUGUAAAGCGAGUUGGGGAAACCAAAAAUAUUUGGCUAAUCCCUCCUCCUCCUUCUAAUUUCCCGUUCUUUUUGAAUUUCAAAUUUACUUGCAAGUAUCUGUAUAGCUAAGUCUACUUCAUUCCCUCCAUUAGUUGGAAACAUUCCACAUUUUGUUUUACCUAAUAGUUUUGUUUAAUGGUUUUGCUCUAUAGAGUAGCGGUUAUUCCAUAAGCAUGGAAUUUAAUUUGAAAGUGAAAAAUGAAAGAACAUUAGGGUGAGUCAACACUGCAAGUCAACUUUUUAUUGGUAUCACUACUUCUGCUAAUCAGGUAUCUCUUCAGUUCACAGAGAAGGAAAAUAAAAGAAUAAAGUUGUAACUCACACAGAGCUACCAUGUGCAAUCUCUUUAUUCUGCAGUGCUACAAUCCAGGUAGCUUCUCUGAAAAAAAGUAUCUAAAUAGAAGUGAACCACACAGAUCAAGUUACAACAGUUAUUGAUUAAAGAAGAGAUGAGAAAGUUUAAACGGAUCACCAUUAGACUUUGGAAAGAAAAAGAGUUACUUUCUUGUGUAUUGGUACCUGAAAUGAAGAUGAGCACGAGACAGUGCAAGAUGACAACUGGCUUCCUAGUAGAAGCUGUUACAUACUCCUCAAAACAAGCAAACAAGGUCACACGUUGUAAAUUAAAAGAACUACCAUAGAAGGUAUGAUAUUCCUGUACCAAAAAAAAGAAUUGUUUUGUAGGCCUAUAUACAGUAUCAUAUACCUUGUGAUCCUCUCUGUGACUGCAUGUCUUAGGUGGCACAAUAAUACAAAGAACGCUAACAUGGAAAAAAGGAUGCAUUUGCCCAAUACAGAUGCGACAGGACAGCUUUUUAGUACAUCUAAAAUUGGAUCCAUCUUUAAAAUGGCCACAUGAACAACCCUACAGCACCCAGACAAGGUAGCCCAUAAGCAGUAGCAACCACAUACCAAACAGUAGCAAUGAUGUAUCACUUGGAAAUCCUACAUAAGGAUGAAAUAAAAGCCUUUAACCCACAAGAAAAAAAGUCCGGAAAGCUGUGGAAAAUUUGUAAUAGGGCAUGUGAUAGCUUGAAGCAGAAGUACAUGCAACUUUCCACAGACAGCAACAAACUCAGGAUGCUGGAGGUCAAAAUAGCUCUCUGUAACAGCUGUGCAGCAGGUGUAUCCAUGAAUACAUGAUCAUUCUGGCAACGUGGACCCCUAAAGCAUCAAAGUAGUUCAUUAAAUGGCCAUUGUGAGUGCUGAGCCCUAACUCCAACGUACCGACAUACUGCUGCUAAUGCUUCUCCAGCUUCUGCUCUUGGCAAGCAGCUAAGGAGGAAAACUUACCCAUGGCCAACCUUUGUGCACUGCACUUCUGAGUGCGGCUCACUGCUAUAAAGAAUAAGUUUUCUCUGUAGCAUUUACCAUGUCUCAUAAUUUUUCCAUGCUGCCUGAUGUAAGCUUUCUUUGAACUGAUAUAAUUCACAUCCUGUGCUCCCUCAAGUCCCCAACACCUGGAAAAGUUACUGUGUUAUUUGUUAUGUGUUGUAGCACUUUUUUUUUUGUACUUAAAACUUCAA